GUCGGCCAAUAGAAUUUUCCAAUAUUACUGUACUUGACCCGGCAGUCCGCCUCUUCCUCAGGUAGACGGACGCGCUGCGGUAAGACUGCAUCCUCACAUCAUGGCGGCAAACGGGACGUCAGACAUCCUGAGCUCUGCUUUCCUGGCAGUGGAGUAUGUAGAUGCUGUGCUGCCAGAGAACCCCCUGCAGCCCUCCCUGAGGCAUGCCUGGGGUUACAUGCUGGACAACUACACCAAGUUCCAGAUCGCCACCUGGGGGUCGCUCAUCGUCCACGAGUUCAUCUACUUCCUGUUCUGCCUGCCUGGCUUCCUCUUCCAAUUCUUGCCCUUCAUGCAGAAAUACAAAAUCCAGCAGGACAAGCCGGAGACGUGGGAGAAGCAGUGGACGUGUUUUAAAAUGCUGCUGUUCAACCACUUUUUCAUCCAGUUUCCUUUAAUCUGUGGAACAUACUACUUCACAGAGUUCUUCAGCAUCCCAUACGACUGGGACUCCAUGCCCCGCUGGACGUCUCUUCUGGCUCGGUGCUUCGGCUGCGCUGUUGUCGAGGACACCUGGCACUACUUCCUCCACCGCAUACUGCACCACAGGCGCAUCUACAAAUACAUCCACAAAGUCCACCACGAGUUCACGGCUCCGUUCGGCAUGCAGGCGGAGUACGCCCACCCUCUGGAGACCAUCAUCCUAGGUGCCGGCUUCUUCAUCGGCAUCAUGAUCUUCUGUAACCACGUGUUCUUCCUCUGGGCCUGGGUGGCUUUCCGUCUGCUGGAGACCAUCGAUGUUCACAGUGGCUACGACAUCCCACUGAACCCGCUCCACCUCAUCCCUUUCUACGCUGGCGCCCGUUUCCAUGACUUCCACCACAUGAACUUUGUGGGGAACUACGCCUCCACCUUCACCUGGUGGGACAAGCUCCUGAACACCGACAACCAGUACAACAAGUACCUGGAGAAACAAGGAGGGAAGAAGGAGCAGUAAAGCGGACUCUGUCCAGAGAGGACUGUUGGUCCUCUCUGCUCACUGAAUGAAACAUCCAGGGAAGGGGUGUGGAGAAAAACAAAACCCUGCUCGGUUGUGUUGUGAAUCCGAAUCAGACUGAGAGCUGGCUUCAGUUUGCCUCCUGUGCCUUAAUAAUCAUGCUAUCUCUGUCACCAGCUGCAGGCUGAAUAAAGAAAACAUCAACAUCCUCAUUUUGCUCUUUGCUUUUCAAUAGAUGAAAUGUGAAGACGUUGCACCGUGUCACUGUUGUGAAAUGCUCCUGUUUACCUCUGAAUGUUUCAGAACUUUAGCACUUCCUCCUUUAGCUGUUGAGUUCUUCCAGCUAAUCCCCAGGCUUCAGCAGAAACUAUCUGAUUGGGGUUUGAUGCAAAAGUUCUUGUAAAUUUUAGGUAGAAAAAGGGAAUUGGCUCGUGUGUCUCUUCCGUGUUGUCCCACUCUAUUUUUUCAUAUAAGAAUCAAAUACCUUUUUUUAAUUUGAACGGUAAAAGAAGCGCUGACUGUGUAUUGUUUCUUCUGUACUUGUGUUAAAAUAAAAGCUUGUAAAUACAUAAAGUGGA